AUGCUCAAGCGGCAGCAUAGUGAUAAUAGUUCCCUAGAAGGGGAUAUCCCCAGAAAGACAAGUAGACUGGUAACCGAGGACGAAUCUGAAUCCGCCUCAAUAGUGCCCCCAGAUUCAGACCCUGGAGCAAUAACGAUCACAGUAUCCUUUCGGUCGUCCUCCAAGGGUGCUCGCAAUGAUCCGAAGCCUUUAGGUUCUUGGCGGUCGACACUUCAGACAUUGGGAGGCCAUGGCGAGAGCUCAACAACACAAUCUCAUACCCACAUUCCAUCUAGACUACCCUUAGAUACAGUUCUAGGUUCAGCAAACGGCCGAGAGCAACAGAUUCGAGCAGAUAGCGUUAGCGAGCACGAACCCGAGCAGGAUUUCCAGAGUAGCGACUCGAACUACGAAGACAAUCUACUAGACGAUGACGACGACGAUUAUGAUAUAGAUGAUGUCGAUAGUGACAGAUCUUCUCUCGAUGAAUUCGCAGGGUUUUCAUGGCUCGAGCAGAUUGAUACCUAUGCGACUGAAGGGUCUGAACGAAUUGCAACAUGCGACGCAAAAUUAAUUCGACGUGAUCAAAUUAGGUCUGCAUUCUGGAUUGAGAUGGAAGAACCAACGGAAGAAACGUCUUCUCUUGCUUUCGACCUCUUUGACAGAUACGGUCGCCUGAAGCGGGAACACUACGAGCACAGCUUUAAGCGAGGUUCUGGUGCUUGGGGUCGUGAAUUGGACCAUGGCGACAUUCUCUUGAUUGAGAAAAUCAGCGUCACACUGCCGCAACGCCGUCAUGGAAUUGGCACGCAAAUUGUCAAGGUAACUCUUAAUAAGAUUCGUCCGAAAACAAACCGCUUUGUGGCACUUGCCAGUCCCGGAUAUCUCACUCAAGAAGUCGAUGAGGAGAACGAGGAUGAUUGCAAAAGGCAGCUGGAGAUCUCGGAACUAUUUUUUCGAUCAUUGGGUUUCAGAAGAGUUGGCAUUUCUUCCUGGUUCGCUUUUGUGGAUAAUCCAAAUCACCCUUCUCGACAUUUGAAGGCCUCAGACGACUGGAACGAAUCAGCUGACUCGCAUAUCGCCGCUUUCAUUCCCGAACAAACAGGGAAAGUCUUUGCAAGUUUAUCGAACCCUGACAUCCAUGGUGAUGAAUGUGUCCGCAUUCUUCAACAAGGCAUGCAAGCAGAAACCCAAGAUGCGUCUUGGUCGGCGGCUGAUGAAGAGGGCAAUAACAUGCUCCACUUAGCCGCGAUACAUUGCAAAUUGGAGGCGGUCCAGUAUAUUCUUUCUUGCCGCCAAGAUCUAACCAGCAAGCGCAACCGAGCAGGGAACACGCCACUUGAGGCUUUAGAAGCUAAGAUGGAGUCAGUUAGAACAAGAGCAGAUCACGGCCAGUCGACUAGGGUGCGCUCGGAUAAAUUCGCAGGUUUCACUCAAUCUAUAAUUUCGUGCGUUUCAGCCCUCUCGGAUGGUGAAAUGUUCGACCUGGACACACUCCCACCAGAAGUCAUAGACGAGCUAAGCUCGGCCACAGAAGAUCACAUCAAGCGCAACCCAAGUAUAGAGGUCGUGCUCCAAAACCUACGGUUACGAUACGGAUGCACCUGUGGGCAGUGUAUUGGUGGUUUCCUUAGCCCGAGAAUGCACUUGGCCCUUCUAUGCCAGGCAGAAUAUCAAUACGACUUGUUACGGGAUUCGUUUUCUGGAUUGCAAGACGGUCCAAGUUGGGUUGAGGAAAACGAUGUGGAACUCAAUUUCUUGCCCGCUUCAGUGAAGGAAAAUUUAAAGACUAAUAAGUCGAUGCGGGAAAGGUUCAUUAACAUCUGCGAUCACAUUGCUAAGUGUCUGAAGCAAAAGAAGAUUCCCAACGAAAGCAAUGUGUUAUUUAUCCACAGUAACUAUACCCGUGAGUGGCCACCAGUCACGAAAAGUUACCUCCAAAGAGGGGGAACGGUUGCCGCCGUGGCCACUAUGCUCUUUCAAAAGGCUAUGGAGCAAGAUGAAUGCAGUGGCGAUGGAAAUCACCAGGACGUAUUUGGAGAUGAAAUAGAAAGGUUACCAGAGUGUCGGAAUGAUAAGGAGUUUGGGUUUGUGAGUGGUAUGUGUGGAUACAAGAGAAUCUCGACAGUUCGGUAUGUGGAUAUGUUGGGCAACCUUAUUGACACAGAUUGA